AUGGGAGCGCAUGCGUCCAAGGAUGACCCUUCACAAUACAUAAACAGCAGUAAUAAUAAUAAUAAUAGUAAUAAUAAUAAUAAUAUUAGGACAAGCAAUGUAUUGAGCGAAAAAGAGAGUAGGAAAUACAAGAGACAUACUAUACAUCACGAUAAGCGAACUACACUAGUCAUGACUGGUGCCAAUAAUGAUGUCGCCGCGGAUGUCGGCAGUGGCGGCGGUGGAGUUUUGACAUCGACUACCACAACGUCCACGCCAAACACAGCGCUGACCACAUCAUUGCCACUCACAACGACUAAUGGCGACAACAACACAAUCACAUCAUCAUCGUCAUCAACAACUUCAACAUCGACCACCAAGCAUAACAAUAGUUUGAACAACUCAUCAUCAUCUUCCUCAACAUCAACAUCAUCCAAGCAACAACAACAACAACAAGUACAACAUAGCAAUGGCCUCAAGCCAAGGUUCAUGCAACGCAAGAUCAACUCAAAGUCAAUGAGUAUGAGCAGCAGUAGUAGUAUUGAUGAUCAUCUUAGUACGAAUGGGAGCAUGUCGGACUCUUUGGUGUCACUGUCGUCCGGCGUCGGAAGCACUAAUUCAUCGUUUGCAUCAAUGUCCAUGGAGGACGAGGAUGCCGGCGCCAGUCCCGUGCUCACACGAACACGUUCCAAGUCAUUCACCAUCAUCCAGCGCCCCACAAAAGAUGGCGCCACCACCACAUUCAAGCCAACUGCAUCGGACGACUCAAAGAUCAACAACAGGAAGUCCAAGUCUGCCAACUCGCUCUUCAAGUCAAUCACACACAGGAAGGGCAACAACAGCAGCAGCAGCGGUAGCAGCAACAACAAUAAGAAGGAUAAGGCACAACCUCCUCCACCUCCACCCCCAACAUCACCAGAGCUACACGCCGAGCCAGUGACAAUCGUAACAAACAUUCCAAUCAUUGCCGUCACCAACAACAACAAUCAUCAUCAUCAACAACAACAUAAUGUAGUUGCGCAGGUUGAGGAACCUGAGCAACAACAACAACAACAACAACAACAAAGUGCACCAGCCGCCAACAAUAAGCCGCCACCACCUCCUAGACGCAAGCCACCUCCCCUGCCACCAAAGAACUAUAUGGCUACACAAUUGGAAGAGCAAAAACAACAACAGCAACAGCAAUAUGAGGCGGAUGAGGAGCAAUCCAAUGGAUAUCAAACCAACUUGUUGUACCCACCUCACGAGCCAUCGAUGCCAUCACCAGGCAGUUCACAAAGGAACUCAGUAGAGAUACACAAGUUGGAGCAUCAUAACUACACUCUUCUGGAGAAGAUUGGAAGUGGAACAUUUAGCGACGUACAUCUGUGCAUACACAAGGAGACCAACUUACUUUAUGCAAUGAAGGUCAUCGAUAAGUCCUUGGUCCAGAUGAUUGCCGCACAUACUGAGCUGGACAUCAACACCGAAGUCAAGAUCCUUCACUCCCUAUCACAUCAACACAUCAUUGGACUAGUCGAUCACUUUGAAACAGACACCUACUAUUACAUUGUCAUGGAGUAUCUGGACGGUGGAGAACUGUUGUACCAGCUAGAGAAACAGAAUAAUGAUGAUAGUUAUGAUAAUAUUGAUGGAGGCAACAGUAGUGAUGCAGCUGAUCCGAGUGCGACGGCGGUCGUAGCCAACUAUUCAGAGAGGAGUGCACGUGAUAUACUGAGACAGAUUAUCAAGGCUGUUGGAUUCCUGCAUCAGAACAACAUUGUACAUAGAGACCUUAAGCCCGAGAACAUCCUGUUCAACGACAAGUCUGAGUUUGCCAUCCUCAAGAUCAUCGACUUUGGCCUGGCAUCCUUCUGCCACAAGGGCGCACUGGUCGAUGUUUGUGGCACGCCAGAGUUCCAAGCACCAGAGAUGAUCAAGCGACAGGGAUACUCGUAUCCUGUGGACAUAUGGGCAUGCGGCGUCAUAUUGUAUAUUCUAUUGUGUGGACAUCCACCAUUCCAAGGCAAGAACUCAAUGAUCAUCAUGUCGUUGAUCAUGAGGAAUGAGCUAAAGUUCGCGUCGCCAGAGUGGGACAGCAUAUCGGACUCGGCCAAGGAUUUGGUUGGCAAGAUGCUCGAGUCGGACCCCGCCAAGCGACUGACGGCCGACCAGGUGCUGGGGCACGAGUGGAUGAAGAUGGAUGCGUUGCUCGAGGGCUCCCCUCAGCUUGGACGCACCUUCCACAAACAACUACGUCGCUACAACUCGCAGCGCUACUUCAAGGCCACUGGCGACACCCUUCUCAAAAGUCAACGCUUCGGAAUCUAUUCACAGCACGCUGCUGCCGACUCACAACAGAGGAGGUCAUUGAUACACUUGUAG